CAGCCACUUUCGGAGGAGGAGGAGGAGGAGGUGGCGGCGGCGGCCGCGGCGACCGAAGGGACGAGACAAGAUGGCGGCGCUGGGGGCGUUCCGGGUCCGGACCCGGGCCCCGCGGCUCCCGGGGCCACCGUUUCUGCUGCUGCUGGCCGCGGCGCUGGGCCUGCCCCGGGCCGCCGGGGCCGCCUCGGCCGAGGCCUUCGACUCCGUGCUGGGCGACACGGCCUCCUGCCACCGAGCCUGCCAGCUGACCUACCCCCUGCACACCUACCCUAAGGAAGAGGAGUUGUAUGCCUGCCAGAGAGGCUGCAGGCUGUUUUCAAUUUGUCAGUUUGUGGAUGAUGGAAUUGACUUAAAUCGGACCAAAUUGGAGUGUGAAUCUGCUUGCACAGAGGCGUACUCCCAGCCUGGCGAGCAGUACGCUUGCCAUCUGGGCUGCCAGAGUCAGCUGCCGUUUGCCGAGCUGAGACAAGAACAACUCAUGUCCCUGAUGCCCAAAAUGCAUCUGCUUUUCCCUUUGACACUGGUGAGGUCGUUCUGGAGCGACAUGAUGGACUCGGCACAGAGCUUCAUAACCUCUUCCUGGACUUUCUAUCUUCAGGCUGAUGAUGGGAAAAUUGUCAUCUUUCAGUCGAAACCAGAAAUUCAGUAUCCAGCUCAGGUGGAUCGGGAUCAUUCUGCACAUGGGAAAAAUGCACCUUUAAAGAAAAUGGCCUCAAAUCCACAGCCAGCAGGCUCUCAGGCCCACAGAGGCUAUUUUGAAGACGGAGAAAGCGACAGCUUUUUUAAAUGCCUCUCUCUGAACUCUGGCUGGAUUGUGACCAUCACCCUCGUGCUCUCGGUGCUGGUGUUACUCUGGAUCUGCUGUGCCACUGUUGCCACGGCGAUGGAGCAGUACGUCCCACCAGAGAAGCUGAGCAUCUAUGGAGACCUGGAGUUUAUGAACGGACAGAAGCUUCCCAAGUGCCCGCCCUCCUCCCUCGUGGCGCUUCGAUGCCAGGCUGAGGAGCCUGAAGAAGCCGGGCCUCUCCCUGCCAAAAUGAAUCUUGCUCAUUCAGAAAUCUAACAUUUUUUAAAGAAAAAUUAAUUUAAUAGACAUUCUAACUUUCCGUUCCUGAUGUGGCUUUUUUUAUUGGUUUCUUUGGAUAUGGGGCUUAGGAAAUUAGCUAUCAAAUGCAAAUAAAGUUAGUGAUCUGGGACGGUGGUAUUGUCUGUCACUUCACAUGUAUUCUCUAUUGAUUGGAGAGAGAUAGACAUCUGGGAUCUCACGUCUUACUAUCUGUAACUGCUUUUCAUUGAUGUUUGCAAUGUGCUUUUAUUUCUUCCUUGACUAAAUUCUGUAAGCAUGUCCUCUUGCCCUCAAACCUUCUCCCAUGAUCCUGGCAAUCACCCUAAUUAAUAGAAGGUAUGUGAUAGGAUAUAAUGUCGAUGUUCAGAAAUGGCUCCAUAAACAUGUGAUUGGAAAUUGGAAGUCAGCAUGAGGAGCCUUUCUGAGGCCCUUAAUUUUCAGUUGUAGUGAGCUGAUGUCAUUAAAGUUUUAUUUGUAUCACUCUGCAUAAAUGUUGUGUUAAUACAUUACAGACUCCCAAUGUUUUCCAGGGUUAAAAGAAAUAUUUUGUCUGUCUCUGUCACAGUAGUAUCUGAAUAACAUGAAAGGAGGCUGCCGUAAGCCUGGGAUAACAAGGCAGUGGUUUAAACCUACCCACUUCGAUUGGAAUGGGGAGUUUUCCAAAGAACCAUUUUCUAGUUGUAAAAGGCCUAUCGAGUGUAUAGAGUUUGUGCUGGGAGGGACCCCCUUUCAGAGGUGAAAAGGAGAGACUUGCUCCAGGCCAUCUCUUUUCUGGAAGUUUGGUCCUUGGGUAGUAUUGACUGCAACAGCUGACAGGCACCAUCGUUCAGGAGGGACUGCAUGGCAAGAAUUGGCCGAGACUCCUGGGGAAAAGGUACCUCUAGUGCUUCUUGCCAUGUUGACUGACUUUGCCUCAGGGCCUCAGAUCCUGGCCAAGAGGGGUCAUCCUCCCAUCUUGCAGCCUGGGGCCAGUUUUCAGACAUUGAAUUUGGCACUAUAAAGUGCUAACUAAGCAUGCUAGGUUUCAGGCAAUUACAAAUUAGAGGCUUGUGAUUUAGAAGAAGCUGCUCUGUCCUGCUCACUCAAUCAGAAAGCAGUGUGGACAAUGCGUCCUAGGGAAGGAGUUGUCCAGGCUUUGGUGGGUUAUAAGUGGUGAAGAGCUUACAGAAAGGGACUCAAGAGCUCUUUGAAUCUGUUCCCCACCCCUUCUCACCCUGCCUGGGGCAGGGAAUAGCCCCAAGAGAAGGGACCUCCCCAUAAUCGCCCUGGGCCCAGGGGCCAAUCCCACAUCCAGUUGUGUACAGAUUUAUUUUCGAGCCUCAGCCUAAAUCAUGCAGGAGGCUAAUUGAAAAACGUUUUGUGACUCAAAACUUAAGGCCAAGGGUAUCAGAGGCAAUUUUUUUUCUAUACAGUUAUAUCUCAGUUCCUCUUGACGCUCAUAAAAUCUUAGUAUUCAGAGACACAUAGAUAGAAGUUGUGUGACCCAUUGUCUACAUGCAGAUAGUUUCUUAGCUAUACCAGGCCAGAGAGUUAAGAAACUUGGGACCUGUCGGAGUAACUUCUGUCUUUUAUUCCCACCUGGUCACUCUUCGUCUGGGUUUCAAGGAUGCUAAUGAAUGUGUUUAUUUUCCAUGACUCUCGCAUUGAUGACAUCAGUGUAGCUUGUCCUCCAUCUCUCUCUCACUCUUUCCACCUCCUAGAACCCUGGUCAUUGUUCUGAGCUGAAGUGAAGUUUUGUUCCAACUUCACCAUCAAAAUUUUCUUCACAAGGCAGAUCUAGUGCAGCCUCUUACAACCCCCCAUCCCACCUCUUCACACUGCUUCCCACAUGGGGCGGGAGGCGGUGGGCAGGCAAGUUCCUGGGCUCACCAGGUAGCCUAUCCAAUGCCAUUCUUCCAGAAAAUUUCAUUCUUUUGGCCAAACUAAUUCCUCUCUGUUGAGCAGGCAUUUGUUAUGUGAAGGAUAAUAUUUGAACUUAAUUCUUCAUAAUUUGAGAAGAGCAGUUUUCUGUUUUAUAUCUAUCCUUCAGCUAUGCCAUCUAUUAAAGUGUCUAGUACAGAUGAAGGCCCAGCUCUCUGGUGGAGUCAGUGCAGAUGUUAGCAUAUGCAGCAUCACUUGUCCGUGGUGACAAAUGGGAACACAUAAGCUGUAAGGAGGAGAACCCUGAAUUGAGCAAACAUCUCUUUACUUCCAUAUCCAAAGACCACUCGAAACCCCUAGAAAUUAUCAAGUUAAUAGUUAGACUUGAACUCAUCCAUUUUUGACUUUAGGAUGUUUCUUAAGGGUCCUUGCAGAGAAUAGCUAAUCUUUUUGGAUACUUGUAUCUAGGAUAGUAGGCCGUAGGCAAAAUAGAGAGGUUAGGGUCCUUCUAGUCUUCUCAGUUCUGGUUUUAACUCUGUAGUAGAGAUGUUCCCGAGGUGCUCGGUGCUUCCCCCUAGCCCGCACCUUUUUACAAAGCUGACUGUCAGGAAAACCUGAAACUCAGACUCAGCUAAAGAAACAUCAGAAGAGGGUCCCUCUGGGGAAAGUAUUUGAUUUUCAGCAGAGGUCCAAGACUUUAAGCUAAUUCGUUUAGGGAACCAGCCAACAGGUUGAGAGAGCUGUUAGGGGUUGUGAGGCAGAGGGAAAGCAGAGGAGUACAGCUGGGCCCUCCCAGUACAAAAAUGUUCAUUUUAAGUAGAUAAUCUAGCUUUUGCUUACUGCAGCGAUUUUUAAAAAAUGGUUUCUUGGACAAGAGGUCUCCCAGUACUGCCUAGACAUGGUGUUUCCUAGGUCUGGUUGAAUGGAUCCAGAUCUGCUUGGAUUCUAGUAACUGAGAAAAAGUUGUUUGGAGGCUCUGGUCCAUGUUGUUCAAUAGUAUAAUUUAAUGUUGGGAUCAUAUAACUAUAUAAAUCAUUGAAUGCUGA